AUGGAUUCUCAUCCAUACAGCAAAAGCGCAAACUUUGUUGAACUGUUAAACAGUCAACAAGAAAAUGUGUUUGCUUUUUCACAAGAUAGUGUUGACCUUUCUGCAUCACAACUCCCCGGGUUUUGCUUUAAAGCGACUGAAGCUUCAAACUUAGUUCAAGAGACGGCUGCUCAGCGUAAAGAAAGGAGGAAGUGGACGCCGGUUGAUGAUGUUGUGUUGAUAAGCGCAUGGUUAAACACAAGCAAGGACCCUGUCAUAGGGAAUGAGCAAAGGUGUGGUACCUUCUGGAAAAGGAUUGCAACCUACUUUGCUGCAAGUCCUAAGGUUGCUGGCACUGAACAAGGAGAGUGGAGCCACUGUAAGCAACGCCGGCAGAAGAUAAACUACCUUGUCAACAAGUUCUGUGGGGCGUUUGAGGCUGCAAGCAGAGAGAAGAGUUUCAGUCAGAAUGAGAAUGAUGUCCUAAAAUUAGCUCACGAGAUCUUCUACAACAACCACAAGAAAAAAAUCAACUUGGAACAUGCUUGGAUAGAGCUAUACAAUGAUCAGAAGUGGUGUGAGCUUUCAUCUUCUAAAACUCAAGGAAGCGCUAAGAGGAGGAAGUGUGAUGACGGUGCCCAAUCAUCAAGCUCUCACAUGAAUGAAACCACCACUGCUGAAGAUGAUCAAGAAAGAAAUCGACCACCGGGUGUUAAAGCAGCGAAGGGCCACGAUAAGAAGAAGAUGGCAGAGAGGAAGGCAUUGUCUGAGUUUCAGGAUAUGUGGAGCAUAAAAAAGGAGGAUAUGGCUAUGAAAGAAAGACUGUCCAAGAUGAAGCCGCUGGACAGUUUACUUGCAAAACAGGUUCCACUAGCUGAGUAUGAAGAGGCUCUGAAGAAGAAGCUCAUAAAUGAGUUGUUGCUUAAUUAG